GCGGAACUCAGAGCAAGUGUCUUUGAAGCGAUUAAAGAGGAGGAUAGGGUAGUUGAAAAUGAAGAAGGCUUACCACCUGCAUUACUGGGUAGCUGCAAUGACCGCGCAAAGCAGCUUCACGCUUCACCAUCAGGUUACUAUCUAGGUUUCAUUGAUUGCCUUGGCAGGGGAUCUGGAAGGAGAGUACCAGAAAAUGAGUCCUUAUCUAACUUAGACUCGAGGAACAUGCGGAGGCCCUCUUCAUCAUCUGUUGCUGGUGGUUUACCUCCUUUAGGAAGGUGCUGA